CGUGCUUGUGUUUGACGCAUUUCCGCUUUGUUGGCUUUUGCUUGCGUUGUGUGCUUGCGUCCCGUCCCGUCCCGUCCAUCCUUGCUGGCCGCGCUGGUCGGCUGAGCUGGCAGGCCACGCCGAUCCACCGCGCUCUGCUCUAUCUACCAUUUCCCUAUUCACCUUCGUCCAUUGUUAUCCACGACCGUUAGCUCUCAAUCAGGCAUUGCUGCUCGCAAAAUUCUCUUACCGCGUCACCUAGAACCAAGAUUAUCCCCUUUCAGGUCUGCCUUGGUAACUGCCGGUGGAGCCUCGACGCGUCGCGUCCUUCCGUCAUUGGUCCCCUCGUCGCGUCAUCCUCUCGUCUUUUGAUACCGCGCCUAGAAACUCGUCGACUCGUCGUCUCCUUGGUCUCGUUCGUCUCGUCGUCGCCGUGGUAGCACGCAGCACGUUAGCCCGUUAGCCCGGUAGCCCGUCGCAGCCCGUCGCAGCCACGCAGUGGCCGGUCGUCGCGAUGAUGUCGUCGUCGCAGCUGCGCCUCAUGUCGGACCUCAAGGCCAUCCGCCAGGAACCCCCCGAGGGGUGCAGCGCGAGUCCGCAGAGUGACGAGAACCUCUUUGUGUGGAGCGCCACUAUAUUUGGCCCGGACGAGUCUCCCUGGGAAGGCGGCAUCUUCUCUCUGCGCCUGAUUUUCAGCGAGCAAUACCCGGAGAAGCCUCCGCGUGUGCGCUUCACGUCCGAGGUCUUCCACCCCAACGUGUACAACGACGGCACGCUAUGCAUGGACAUCAUUCAGGAUGCAUGGUCGCCGUGCCACAACAUCUGCACCAUCCUCACCUCCAUCCAGUCACUCCUGACUGAUCCCAACCCUGCAAGUCCAGCUAAUCCCGAAGCAGCCCAGCUUCUCUCCUCUGACCUUGCUGCUUACAACAGGAGAGUGCGCCAAUGCGUGCGGAAAUCACUAGACAACAUACAAUGAUGGACCAGCCAGACCGGAUGCCUGCCUUUGUACACUGGGCACUGCUCUUCCUCCACCCAUCUACCCAUCACUCCCAUAUCAUUGUCCAUACUACCAUUCGUUCCGUCCGUGCUCCUCCUCGCUCCUUCCUUUCUCCUGUAGAACUCGCAGCCGUUGUUGACACGCUUGCGUUGGUUGCAUUGCAUUAGCAGCAAGCGGACAUCUGGAUAGCUGCGGAGCUGGCAUGGCAUCGCAUUAGAUGAUAGUGCAUCUUGAACCAUGCCCUUCUCGCUCAGCGUGUUCAGGUUGGGCUGGGUUGGGUUGGUUGCAUGGACCGUAGUUUCACGGAGGGUGCCUUGGGUAUCUCAUAUCAAUGCAGUGCAAUACUCCCGCCGUCAGACUAGCAGUGCAGUUGGAGAUAAUGUUAGAAAGAGAGAAUUAUGGACUAGUGUGAGAAACCUAGAACAUGUACCUGUUGGGGUUGUACUCACUAGAAGCACACACCUAGGCUAGCCUAUAACUUCUACAUACAGCAUA